UAAAAUAAAGUCGGUAUGUCAUACUGCGCUUUCUCGCCGCUGUACUACAAACCCCAUUUAUACGCCAACAGCGUAACUAGCUGUCCCCGACUCUGUUGCAACGGGAGGAAUACUACGCAAGCAACGUUGGGGAAUUGGGGUUCAUUCUCGCCGCCUGACGUCAUAUUUGCGGAAGCAUUUUUUUUUUCGUACCGAGCGGAGAGGAGCUGCACACGGCACUCGAAAUACAGUUUUCAGAAGUGCUGGAAACUCGCAGAAUCCGAAGUGGAGGGUCUCAAGCAGGAGGGAGCAUAUUCACGGGACCAGAGGUUGGGCACAAUGCGAGUCCACGUGCACACCAGGUUUUGUUUGUUGUGCCUGCUCACCUUCCUAUUCCAUCAAUCCAGCCACUGUCACGGUGACGGCCACCGGCAGCAGCAUCACGGUCAUCGCCACGCCGGCCACGCCCACAACGACCUGCAGCUUUCCGAGGCUCCCUAUGUGACGAGGGCCUCCCCGCCUGCCGAGUCGGCACUCCCCGACGGCGUGCCUUUAGAGGAAGAGCAGCGGUUUUACAUCCAGCAGUUGUUCGGGCGCUACGGCCGGAAGGACCGGCUUGAUUUCCAAGGCUUUCAGAGCAUGCUGGUCAGCCUGGGUCUCGGCGAGGUCAAAGUGGUCGACGUGGCCCACGAUGACCUCGGGCACGACCACGUCGCUCACCUCGACAUCCUGGACGUGCAGGAGGGCCUCCAUUCGCACGGCAAAGCCCACGGCGGCGGGCAGACGCACGACAGCCCCAGCGCCCCCCAUCCGCAGGCGGAGCGCGACCCCGCGCGGUGCGACCAGAGCGCCGCCUCCGCCACGCCUCCCGGCGCGUCGGGAGAGCGCUCCCAUAAACAUCAUGGCGAUCACGAUCAUAACCACGACCAUACGCACGGCACGGAGCACGGUCACCAUCACCAUCACGCCGAAGACGACGGCGGCCGUCAUUCCGAACGCGCUCUGAUGGGCCGCGAGCGUUCGUCUUCCGCCCCGGUGGACCUGCGGUCUUCUCCCGCCCCCGCAAACGCUAAAUCCAAGAGGCCAAGGAAGCCGGGGAGGGUCCGAGGGCAAAACAAAACCCUCUCAUCUACCGCGGCGCUGUCCGAAAACCACGACCACAGAAACGGAGGCGGCCGCGGCCAUUCUCAUAAAAACAAGCGAGAAGCGAGCUCUGCGCAUGACAGUGGCUUGCCUCACCAGCAUGAGGAGUGUUUGAACCUGACCCAGCUCCUCCACCACUACGGGCUGAGUCCCGAUUCGCUCAUCUCCCCGAGCCACUUCACCUACCUGUGCCCGGCGCUGCUGUACCAGAUCGACAGCCGGCUCUGCAUCCGCCAUUACCACCAGAAGGACGUCGAACAGGAAGCCUUGGACAAUGUCAGUUCUGUGUGGACGUGGGUGUGGGGCUUUGUGUCCAUCACCAUCAUCAGCCUGCUGUCCCUGCUGGGGGUGAUCUUGGUGCCCAUCCUCAAUCAGUCCUGCUUCAAGUUCCUGCUCACCUUCCUGGUGGCGCUGGCCGUGGGCACCCUCAGCGGCGAUGCCCUCCUUCACCUGCUGCCUCAUGCUCAAGGGCAGCACGACCACGAGGGCGGCGACGCCGGCGGCGGCGGCGAUCUGGCCAGCGACUUUGAUGGCGUGUGGAAGGGCCUGACGGCGCUGGCCGGCAUUUACCUCCUCUUCAUUUUCGAGCAUUGCAUCGGCAUGUUCAAGCACUACAAGGAUCAAAGGGCUGCCAAAAAAGCAAGCCAAGAGGUCAAGAUUGGCCGCAAGUUGUCCGACCACAAAUUAAAGCGCCGCUCGGAUGCCGAAUGGGUGCACUUGAAGGCGCUCGGCGACGAUCCCGACGGCGAACACGACGACGCGCAAGUCGCCGAGUCGCGGACGCCCGACGAGCCCCCCGCCGACGAGACGGCGGCGAAAGCGGCGGACGGCCACAAGGCGGCGCAGGGCGGGCGCGUCCGCGGCCACGCCCACUCCCACGGCGGCAACUGCCACUCGGAUCAGGAGAUGAAGGACGCCGGAAUCGCCAGCAUCGCCUGGAUGGUCAUCAUGGGCGACGGCAUGCACAACUUCAGCGACGGACUGGCCAUCGGCGCGGCGUUCAGCGCAAACCUCACAGGAGGCAUCAGUACUUCCGUGGCCGUUUUCUGCCAUGAACUACCUCAUGAACUCGGUGACUUUGCGGUGCUGCUGAAAGCGGGCAUGUCGGUGAAGCAGGCCAUCGUGUACAACGUGCUGUCGGCGCUCAUGGCCUACGUGGGCAUGCUGAUCGGCACCGCCGUGGGCCAGUACACGCACAACGUCACCAGCUGGAUCUUCGCCAUCACAGCCGGAAUGUUCCUCUACGUGGCUCUGGUGGAUAUGUUGCCCGAGUUGCUCCACGGCGACAGCGAGGUGCACAAGCGCUGCCAGCUGGGCCACUUUCUGCUGCAGAACUUGGGACUGCUGACCGGGUUCGGCAUCAUGCUGCUCAUCGCCAUCUUCGAGGACCGCAUUGUCUUUGACUUUGGCUUUUAAAGCGACGCCAAUGAAGCGGGGGGGGUGAAGAGUGGAGCUUUUCAGUAUUCUUCUUGCUCGUCGCCGCAUUUCGUGAGCUCAAUGUCAUUUGUCGUAUUUACAGCGUCCAAAACGGGCAAGAGCAGAUCUUGCCCGUUUUGGGGGCUCGGGCAUGGCUGAAAGCUCAACAAUUUGUGCCCCGUGCAUGUUAUCCGGGUGAAAAUCUACUGUAUGUAUUUCAGAGGCCUUGCUCGCUAGCGCACCCUGGAAGCGAGAUGGAAAUUGCCGUGGACUCGAAAUCACAGAAGACGAUAGAAAAAAUGUUUGAAGCGUGCCUGAAAUUAAAUAGGAAGUCGGCCAUUCCAGUUGGAAGCAACCGACUUGGCAAUUUGCCCCCAAAGCAAAUUCAAUGUUUGUGUGAGAAAAUGGCCGCCGUCCAUGUUUGUUUGAGUGAGCAAUGACGUGAGAAUGGCAAACCGCAGAUGUUGCUCACUCGGACCUGUUGUCCUUUUUUAGUUGCAUCGAGUUGAUUUCCGUUUACACCAAGCGGUACUUUUGGCGUAGUUUGGGUUAACAUUUUGAAGCUAAAAUCUGCAAAACACCGUAAGCAUGCCCCGUUAAGUGAUUCUCCGUUGGGAGGGGGAGGGGCAACAGCGUCCAAUCUUGACGAGUCCUUCCGUAGAACCGCAGUGGCCGAUGACGCUUCCUCAUCUGUCAUCACCUUCCUUUCCGUCGACAUUCCAUUGCCGGUUCUGCUGCUCUCGGGCUAAGCUACAUCGGUUAGUUCAGCUGCUAGAAUAUUUUGUGUGUGCGUGCGUGCAUGCGCACGACCAUUUUAAGCUGUCACCGUGUGACAUCUUUUUUUUUGGGUCACUCCAACCGUAGCAUGAGCAGCAACGAGUGUGUACAUUUCUGUGUCAACUGAUAAUUUUGGAGUGCCGAGAUCCGAUAAGGACGAACCUCCAAUUAGUUUUGCGACAAAAAUCUAACAAAAGACAAAAAAAAAGGGCGGGUUUCUUUCACAAGACAUGAUUGUAAUUUUCCGUUCUGUCAAAUGUGUUGUCUCUCUGUCGUCGUGCCUGCUGUAUGCAGUGGGUUCAGCUGUCUUGUGUGGCAAAUCGAAGUUUUCAGUGUGCCGAAUUAUUUCCAUUGGGAAAGCCAAGCGCACGUGUGGCUCGUUUGUUCAAAACCACCUGUGAACAUGUGCUCUCAUGUUGUCCC